GAGUCUCGCGAUAGCUGAGGGGGCGGGCGGGACCUGCUCGGUGCGGAUGGCCGAGAAGGCUGGGUUGUGACCCAUGGUGGAUUCUGAGUGAGGGAAGCGGGAGCUCGGGCAGGGGCCAUGGAGCACAUCACCACCCCUAAGGUAGAAAAUGUCAAAUUAUUAGAUCGUUAUACCAACAAGAAGCCAGCAAAUGGAACCUUAUACCUGACAGCGACCCAUCUGAUCUAUGUAGAUUCUUCGGCUGAAAUCCGAAAAGAAACAUGGAUUCUACAUCACCAUAUAGCUACUGUGGAGAAGUUACCUCUGACCACAUCUGGAUGCCCAUUGCUUAUUCACUGCAAGAACUUCCGUGUUGCACAUUUUGUCAUUGGACAUGAACGGGAUUGCCAUGAAGUGUACACGUCCUUGCUUAAACUUUCACAGCCAGUGACAUCUGAAGAACUUUAUGCAUUUUCUUAUAACCCCAAAAUGUCUAAAGAUAAUCGGGAGAUUGGAUGGAAGCUGAUUGAUUUAAAAGUAGAUUAUCAGCGUAUGGGAAUUCCAAAUGACUACUGGGAAAUAACAGAUGCUAAUAAAGACUAUGAGGUCUGCAACACAUACCCUCCAGAAAUAGUGGUACCAAAGGCUGCUAAUAAAGCAACUGUGGUUGGAAGUUCAAAAUUCAGAAGCAGAGGGCGGAUCCCAGUGCUUUCCUAUCUUUACAAAGAAAACAAUGCUGCCAUAUGUCGCUGUAGCCAGCCUCUUUCUGGAUUCAGUGCUCGUUGUCUGGAAGAUGAACAGAUGCUGCAGGCAAUUAGACAAGCCAACUUGGGGAGUCCAUUCAUGUAUGUUGUAGACACAAGACCAAAGUUAAAUGCUAUGGCAAAUCGAGCUGCUGGGAAGGGUUAUGAGAAUGAAGAUAACUAUGACAACAUUCGCUUUAAAUUCAUUGGCAUAGAAAACAUCCACGUAAUGCGGAACAGCUUGCAGAAACUUUUGGAAGUGUGUGAAGCAAAAUCUCCUUCAAUGAGUGACUUCCUUACUGGCCUGGAGAACUCAGGAUGGUUGCGGCACAUUAAAGCUGUAAUGGAUGCUGGUGUCUUUCUUGCUAAGGCAGUGAAAGACGAAAAAGCCAGUGUCUUAGUCCACUGCUCAGAUGGGUGGGAUCGUACGGCUCAGGUCUGUUCACUGGCUAGCCUCCUCUUAGACCCAUUUUAUAGAACAUUUAAAGGACUAAUGGUUCUAAUAGAAAAGGAAUGGAUUGCGAUGGGCCACAAGUUUUCACACAGGUGCGGCCAUCUGGAUGGUGACCCAAAGGAAGUAUCUCCUGUCUUCACUCAAUUCACUGAAUGUGUCUGGCAGCUCAUGCAGCAGUUUCCCUGUGCAUUUGAAUUUAAUGAGUGUUUUCUUCUCGAAAUCCAUGAUCAUGUCUACUCGUGCCAGUUUGGCAACUUCCUUGGGACUUGCCAUAGGGAACGGGAGGAUCUAAAGAUCUUUGAGAAGACCCACUCCCUGUGGCCUUUCCUAUUACAGAAGAAGCAGGAGUUCAAGAAUCCUCUGUAUAAGGGAUUCACAGCUUACAAGGAGCUUAAGCCAAACACUCUCCCUUUCAGUUUCCAGUUCUGGUGUGGAAUGUAUAACCGCUUUGACAAAGGAAUGCAUCCAAAGCAGUGUGUGCUGGACCAUCUCCUCAGCUGCAUGAGCCAGAAGAUGAAGUUGGAGGACAAUGCAACUGAACUGGAAAAUAAGUUGCCCUUCCUAGAUGGUCCCCUGCCAGAUGAAGUUUGCUCCUUAUCUAAAAUUAUAAAUGCCUCGGUUGAGUCUUCCAAAACGCCGAUGUUGAACACUCCCCAGGAUUAUGAAAGUGAACCACCUGCUCUGUUAACCAAUGGUGCCAUAGUGGAGGAAGUUGACAUCAUGCCUGAUCAGGACCAAAAGAACAAAGAGGAUCUUGCUAAUCAUCAUGACCUUCCUGACCUUAACAGAACCAUGGAAGUUUUAGAAUCAGAUGCUAAAAAAGAAAAGCUGCAGGACCAGUGAUUAGCUCUCAUAGUGUACUCAGUGUGAGCCAUGCAAAUGUGGCAAUAAGGUAUGCAAGAUCUGUGCCCUGUGAGGGCACAGCCACCUCGACCGUGUACAGCCAAGUAUUUGUGUGUGUGUGGAGGGGCUGUUCUUUGAGACGUGUGAACAACCUAGAAAAAGGAUUUUACCUUCAGUUUGGAUUACAGGUCAAAAGAUGAAUGUGCAUGCACAGCUACCCAGAAGGCUAUCGUGACUGAAGUAUAAGCCUCAUUUCCCAGUGAAAAUGUGGUCUUUCCUACCAAGUUUUAAAGAUAACUUCCAUUACUGGGUUUUCAGAGUGUAAAGAUGCUUUUGAUCACUUGGAUAGUAAGGAUUAAAAACCACACAGUAUUUAUAACUGGAGUAGGAGAGAUGUGAUUUGUAUUUUGGCAAUGAAAGGUUGUAAACGCCAUUUUAGUUCACCUUAAAAUGUGGAUAUGCUAAAAAGGUUUUUUCUUAGCUGUUUAAUGAUGCUGUGCAUGGAAUCCUACACUGUGGCAGAGGCUGAUUAUUUUCUUUUCCUAUGCACAUUUGUAAGGAACUGUGCCUUUUUUUAUUGAGACCAUCUUUAAUGUCCAAAAUGGCAAUGUAAUUUGUAUUAGUGUAAUAUGCAGCUGUAGUAUGUCAUUGUUUUGUGGCCAGUGCUUUCAAAGCUGUUUUGUAUGUGUCACUGCUGACAACCUCCCUAGCAUCUCAGAUGGUCACCUGAGUCAGUAGCUUUUCUUUACUUCAGCAUGUCUGACAAUACCUUAAUAUUCUUGAGCCACACAAAACCACACUGUAGCAUUUGAAUUUGACAGUGGUGGUGUUUCUCCUAAAAUCCCCCAAGUUACAAACCAGAAAUGAGGGGAAUGUUUAAAUUUACCUCAGAACUUUUCUUGUUUCAGAUGGCUAAUAUAGGUCUUGUAACAAGGGGAUAACUUAUAGUUCUGGCCUAGAAACAUGAGGUUUUUUCAAACCUAGAAACAAGGCUGCAUAGGAAAUACAAUAUUCUUUUUUAUUUAAAAGGAAGGCUAAAAUGAUCUCCUCACAGCAAAUCCUAAGUGUCAAUAGAGAAUGUCAUCUUUGAUCUUACAACAUUAAUACAAAUUCUGCUGACAUUGCAUUCUGUUUCCAGUGAAGACAUUCAUGCUUGUUUCCCUCUAAACACUCACUCCCUCUCCCUUUCCCUCUCCCUCUCCCUCAAGUUUCAGUAGAAGUUGCAGAUGCUCAACAUCUCUUUAUGAUCAAGUCCAUUAUACACAAAAUAUCAUGGAGCAACUCCCAAAGCUAAAGAGGGAUGAUCCUACUGCUCAUAGUCUCCAUUCUUAUUGGCAUAU